AUGGCAUCACCACUUCGUCGCGCCACCGGCAUAGGCGCUCGAGCAAGGGCAUCGGCGCACGCAACACCCGUCGGCUCGUUCGUUCUCCCACUUCGCAAGUUGGUGCUGGACUACUGUCCGCAUGGCAUAUCGUCAGAGCCGCUCAGACAAUGGAUGAGGGAUGGAAACGUGGAGAGAUGGGCAAGGGAUAGACCUGCUGUCGAAGUUGUUGUCAGGGAGCGACCCGGAAGGCAUCCGGUUGGACGCGGCGAAUAUCGUGAGUAUUGGAGAGACGAAGCGUCAAAUUGCCCCUCCCCGUCUCGAACGAGCCCGAAUCAGAUGCAACAUCUGCAGCAGAGAGAGUACACAUCCUCGCGGAAGAGCACGUCUCCUAGAAUUCGCAUAUCUUGCCAAUAAGCUGACCACAUCUCGUCCGCCCCGACCCUCAGCACAAAAUCGCGAAAAGGUUGUACCCUUGCAAAAACACGCGUACGAGGAGCUUGAGGGCAGAUUACAGAUGCUGGCAGAUGCAAGUGGAGCCAAGAGGGAUCUCAAGUGGAAGAGAAAUACGGUGAUUAGCGGAAGGGUGGGCAGUGAAGAGGGCGAUGCAGUCAGGGGCAUGUGGAGCCAGUUGCAUGCUGAUGGACGAGAGAUUUGA